GGAUGCUGAAGCGCUGAAGUUUUCAUGGUCUCUCCUCAAGGGAAAACGACAGAGCGAGUCAGUCAGGAAGACGGGAGACACGGGAGCAUCGCCGCCGCGCAAAAGGAUUUACUUUGUGUACGGCCAUCAGUCGUGAGUGCUGAACAUUACAAAACCCACCAUGACAAAAAACUUCGCCACAACCUCCACCUACACCUCCCAGAGUCCAAACGUUUCCAGCUUCAUCAUGACCACCAACAGCAGCUGGAUGGACGUCAGCCUGAACCUGGUUCCACAACAAAACUGCAGCCUGGACGACAGCUCGCUGCAGAUCCCACUGGCUGUGCUCUACUCUCUCAUCUUCACCAUGGGGCUCUGUGGAAACGUGCUAGCUCUGUGGAUGUUCUUCACCAUCCACACCAAGAAGAACUCUGUGCACGUGUACCUCAUCAACACAGCUUUUGCAGACCUGCUGCUGGUGGUGUGUUUGCCGUUCAGGGUGAUUUAUCACAGUCAAGGCAACCGCUGGAACAUGAGCCCCACCUUGUGCAACAUAGUGGGCAACCUAUUCUACAUGAACAUGUACAUCAGCAUCUUGCUGCUGGGUUUGAUUAGCGUGGACCGCUACCUCAAGAUCCACCGUGGCGCAAGGGUGCAGCACAGGCUACAGUCCACAAGGUGGAGCACUGCCAUCUGUGCUGUUAUCUGGUUUCUGUCCUCUGUUCUGAUUUUGAUGUUCAUGACUUCAAAGAAUAACUCGGAGUUGCACAGGUGUUUCCACUAUAAGCAGCUCUUCCAUGCAAAGUGGAAAGCCUACAUCAACAUCUUCGUGCUGGUCAUCUUCUGGCUCAUAUUCUUUUCUCUAGCGGUGUCAUACGGGAAAAUCGCCAUGAAGCUGAUAAAAACGUCUCAAGACAAACCAGACCUGCCCAACGCAGCACGGUACAUCCACACCGCCAGGAAGUCCUUCUUCGUCCUUUUCGUCUUCACCUUCUGUUUUGUCCCUUAUCACAUGACUCGGGUGUUCUACAUUUACACUCAGAUCAUGCCCACUUCCUGUUCCUGGAUGGGCGUGGCAGACAAGGUCAACGAGAUGGUCUUAGUCUUUUCUGCCCUCAACAGCUGCCUGGAUCCCGUCAUGUACUUUCUGUUAUCGUCUGCAGCGAGGAAACGCAUGCUGCAGAUGGUUAAUCACCGGUUUUGCUCGCAAGACUACGAUUUCAACCCAAGCACCUCCGCUAUGGAGCUGGAUAAAAUGAUUGGGGCCACUGGGCGAGGACAGCCAACCGCCAGCUUUACCAGCACUUUGAGGGAGAAUGUGGUCAUCGGAUCCAGUAAGGACGAACUCUGCUGCCACCUUGAUCCAGACCCAGAUGAGCGGCAGAAAAUUAAUUAAUGAAUUUUAUUAGACUUUGGUACAGUUUU